GUGAUGGCGAGGUUGUUGGCGCUCGCCAUGUUGAUGUGGUUGACGCCCGUGGUGAUGUUGUCGACGUCCACGGUGGCAUUGUCAACAUCGACGUCCAUGGUGGUAUCGUCGAUAUCCAUGGCGGUGUCGUCGACUUCCAUUGCGUUGUUCUCGACUGCCAUCGCGGUGUUGCGGCCUCUACGACCUCUACCGCCUCUGCGACGUCUGCGUCUAAUGACGGUAGCUUGUCCGCUAUCGUUGCCAGACCACAUCUUCGCGGUUGAUGGAUUGACGAUGUUCGCGGUGGAAGAUGGAGAUGGAGAUGAGUUUGGAAAAGGAAGUUUUUAUUAUGGAAGGAAGGCCUUUUUGGAAAUAUCCAGGGUAGUGGGCAAGGUAGAAGGCACUGGAAGUCAUGUGAGAAGCGGAUACUUGAAGAGCGGCAGCUUUGGUGGUGAAGACGAGAUGGGAGGUUCAUGAGUGAAUCACAUUGUCACAGAGAACUUCUAGUUGGUAUGGGAGGGAUACGGGGGUGGUGAAGGGAGAUAUUGUUACUCGGGAUGCUUGGACUUGGACAACUCGCCCGGGCCUCAAAGGCAUGGAUAUUCAUGUCAAUACGU